GGUAUAAAUCUUUUCAGUUGAGUUUGGAACGCGUAACCGUUAAAACGUUGAGACCUCUUGGAGCGGAAGUUGCAAGUUUGAUUUUUGAUUUUUAUAUAGCUGGGAAAACAAACAUGCAGCGAUACCAAUUGUGCAGCGCCCUAAUCCUGGCUUGGAUUGCCUGUGGACAUACCCUGGCCGUGGGAUCACCGGAAUGCCCCGAGAAGUACGGCGUGCAGGCGUAUGCCCAUACGGAGAACUGUGACCAGUUCUUCCUCUGCACCAAUGGCACUCUGACCCUGGAGACCUGCGAGAAUGGCCUGCUCUUCGAUGGAAAGGGAGCCGUGCAUAAUCACUGCAACUACAACUGGGCGGUGGACUGCAAGGGACGUCAAUGGGAUCCCACUCCCAUCUCGACGCCAGCCUGCGAGUAUCAGUUUGGUCUGUAUGCGGUAUCCAAAGAUUGCUCCACCACGUACAUCAAGUGCGCCCAUGGAGAACCCCAUGAGCAGGACUGCGAUGCUGGAUUGGCCUACGAUGAAAGGAUCCAUGGCUGCAACUGGCCAGAUCAGUUGUUGGACCACUGCAAUCCCGAGGCUGUUGUUGGCUUCAAAUGCCCCACUAAAGUGGAUCCUAACUCGGUGGCCGCCCGCUUUUGGCCCUUCCCCCGCUUCCCGGUCUCUGGCGACUGCCACCGUCUGAUCACCUGCGUGGAGGGACAUCCCCGCCUGAUCAGCUGCGGCGAGGACAAGGUCUUUGAUGAGCACACGCUGACCUGCGAAGAGCCUGAGUAUGCCAGCGGUAGCUGCGCCAACUACGGCAAAUAGAGAUCGCCCCGAUCGCUCUGUAUAUACUCACGAACUAACUACAGUGCAAUCUCGAUAAUGUGAACGUUUAAAUUAAACAAAAAAAAAUAAUUUUGUUGGCUGCAAAAUUUCAAAUGAGUUAUUGCUUAAAAAAAAAACUAAUUUUUUACAGUGAACUCUUUAGGUUUUUAUGGCUGGUUCGCAGAUUCGAGUGUGCACUGUAUGUGCUCCGACUAACCACUUCCUCCCCCCCUCUAUCAAAACAUCUUGCUUGAACUGUAAAAAAAAACAAAAACUUCCUAGCCCAAUAGCUUAUUAACCUUCCAGCUUUUAACCGACGUCUACAUUUUGUUUAUUUCUUUUUUCUGUAUUAUUAACUUGUUUGUUGUUUGGUCUCCUUUGUAUAUGAAUCGCAAUAAAGUUAAUUUUAUUUAUUGUA